GGGCAGGGCAGGGCAGGACCGGGGGAGCAGACAACGCCGCGGCCCCGGGCCCCAGACUCAUGGCUUCGACGGCGCUCUGGGCCGUCGGGACGCUGCUGCACAUGCUGCUCGGUGCGGCCCGCGCCGCCUACGUCAUCACCGUGGACGCCUCGCAGAGCCCGCGCGCCCUAAAGCCCUUCUGGAAAAGCGCCGGCUUCUGUCCUCCUCUACCGCACAGCAGAGCUGAUAUUUUUGACCUCAGUAAGGACCAAAUCAUUAACCUUGCAUACAUUUCUUCAGUACCACAUGGUGGCAUUGAACAAAUUCGAAUUCACUGGUUACUGGAACUAAUUACAGUCAAGAUGACAAAUGGAAAACUCCACUAUAAUUUCACCAACCUGGAUAAUUUUAUGGAUCUUCUGCGGACAAACAAACUUGUUCCUGGAUUUGAACUUAUGGGAAGCCCUUCAGGAUACUUCACAGAUUUUGAAGAUAAAAAACAGGUGGUAAGAUGGAAGAACCUAGUUGCACUUCUGGCUAAGAGAUAUAUAGCAAAAUAUGGUCUGGAACAUGUUGCCAAAUGGAAUUUUGAAACUUGGAAUGAGCCAGAUCAUCAUGACUUUGAUAAUGUGUCAAUGACUGUCAAAGGGUUUCUCAAUUAUUAUGAUGCUUCCUCAGAAGGGUUAAGAGAAGCUAGUUCUCUACUGAAAUUUGGAGGGCCAGGAGACUCCUUUCACCCCUUCCCAAUGUCACCAAUGUGCUGGAGUCUUCUAUAUCACUGUUACAAUGGAACCAACUUCUUCACAGGAGAGACUGGUGUGAGAUUGGACUACAUAUCCCUCCACAAAAAGGGAGCUGGGAGUUCACUUCAGAUCUUGCAAGAAGAAACAGAAGUUCUUGAGCAAAUUCAGCAGCUCUUCCCAAAUUUCACUUCUAUUCCAAUCUACAAUGAUGAGGCAGACCCAAUGGUGGGAUGGUCAGUUCCACAAACAUGGAGAGCUGAUGUGACCUAUGCUGCCAUGGUGGUAAAGAUAAUCAUCCAACAUCAAAACCUGCUCAUUUCCAAGGCCAACAACACUAUUAACUAUACCUUGCUGAGUAAUGAUAAUGCCUUCAUGAACUACUACCCCCAUUACUUUACCCAGAGGACACUAACUGCACGAUUUCAAAUGAACGACACAAAACCGCCACAUGUUCAGAUGGUGAGGAAGCCAGUGUUGACUGCAAUGGGCCUUCUGGCAUUGUUAGGGGAAACACAAAUUUUUGCAGAUGUAUACAGCAGCAAAGGUGAAAAUGGUAACAAUAGCACCGUUGGAGUACUAGCCACUCUACACACCCCUGCUGAGCUACGAUCUUCAGAUAGCUGGCAAGCUGCCAUACUGGUUUACGCUAGUGAUGAUAACCAUACAUCAUUGAAUAUCAGUGCUGUAACACUGAACAUUACCCAAUUCCCCAAAUGUGCAGAGCUUGUGUAUGUGACGUACUAUCUAGACAACAAUCUUACCAAUCCCUAUUUGGAGUGGAGGAAACUAGGAAGCCCUGACUUUCCUUCUGUAAAGCAGUUCCAACAACUAAGGGAUGCUGAGGACCCAGCAGUGACAGGACCAUUCCCGUUUCCUGAAGAUGGCCACCUGCUCUUGAAAAAGGAACUCCCCAUUCCAUCUGUCUUCUUGAUCCAUGUUUGUGCAAGACCUCGCUCUGUUCCCAACCAAGUAACAGGAGUUUACCUUCUACCACUCACAAAGGAGCAAGUUGCUGUAUUGUGGGAUGAUGACCAUGUGGAUUCAAAGUGCAUAAAAACAUUUGAAGUAGAGUUUUCGCCAAAUGGAAAAACAUACCAAAGGAUUAAUACCAGAGACACUAUAUUCACUCUCUGGGUCUACAGUCCAGGAAGCAUAGUUUCAGGCUUUUACAGAGUGCGUGCUGUUGACUACUGGGGCAAGCCAGGCCUUUUCUCCAUUCCUGUGAAGUACACUGAAGCUCCUGAAUGAAAAAGAAGAGAAAGCCAUGAGUCUGCCUGCAGCAUGUGGCAGAGCAGCAUAGGUUACUGCCAACUACAACCUCCCCAAAACAAAACUUCACCUUAAUUUAUGUGGGAAGAGAGCAGUGACAUGAUGAAGCAUGUUGGAAGGCAGUAUUGUCAGCUACUGUCGUUGAUGCUGCUUGAAGACAACAUACAAACAGCAAGAACACCGACAAUUGGACUCCUGCUAUUUUUGUAAAAGACUAACACCGGACCAGGAUUUGCUUUGUUAAUUGGUGGUCAGGAAGAAAUAAUUGGCCUUGCCUCUUCCUGUAUUCCAAUAGUGGAACUCACCUGACAGCAGCAGACUUGGGGUCAUAAAAGCAGAACAGCACAGUGAGAAUGGGGCCAUGGUUCCAAUGUACAGACUGACUGACUAGGCAGAGGCAAACAGCAAAGUCACAAACUGGGCCCAUUGGAGCAUUCUCAGGCAGACCCCAAUGGGGAGUUGAGGGGGUGACUGAAUUUCCUUCCCUGCUAGCUAGGAAUAUGAGUAAAGGCAAAGCUCUGUCAGAGGUGAAUGUCUUCCAGUGCAAGAACAAAGCAACCUUUUCUGUCCUUCUUGGGCUGCUGUCCCAAGCCCUGUAAGCUGUGGGUGUUACUUGGCAGUGCCUUUUCCUAAAGGAUUCUAGGAAUUCAAUGAAAUUUGUUGGCCCACUUUCUCAGGAGGUGCAGAGUCCUUCAGCCCUGUGUGUAAGAGCUUCUUGGCAGUCAUUUGCCCAUUGCUGGGCCUUACCUACAUGCACAGAGCCCUGCUUCCAGCAAGAUUGAGAGAGGAAAGCAUCCCCUUUUCUAGCAUGCAUGGGCUUGUGCCUGUAUGCUUUUUUGUUCUCUCUUUUUCUUCAGAGGUUUUAAAUCACCAUCCCUUCACCUCUCCCAACCAGGACUUCCCAAACUGUAGGCUUUCUCAGUCACAGCAAUGAGGCCAGACAAAGACAACCUGCUUCCCUGUUCCCUGCAGCCUUGCUUACUCCUAAGUCACAUGCCCAAGCUGCAGACUGCAAUUCCCAGUGUGCAGAGCCUUAAAUAAGCCAAAGCCUGUGACAGAUAGAGUGGGUUAUGCAUUCCUUCUGUAAUCAGCUAACUGCUAAAAGACCCAGAUAAAGUAGGCCCUAGAAUUGUACAUGGCAGAGGGCUCGCCUUGGGCACACUUUUUAGGAAACUUAGCAAAGAAUGCUUCAGUAGCUUGUUUUUUACAAAACUUUUUAAAAAGAGUUACACAAAAAGAUAAAGCCAGUAUUAUGUCUAGAUUGCCUUCACAUGUUAAUGGUUGUUUUGUAAGUCAAAGUGCCUUAAAGUUACAUCAGUGUAGGUUGUAGCUGUGCUGGUCUUAGGACAUUCACAGACAAGGUUCUUUGGGUGAAUCUGAUAUAUUUUAUUAAAUUGGUCUAAUAAAAGAUACCAGAUUCACCAAAAGAACCUUGUCUGCUUAAAGUUACAUCUGUGUUUGAGUCAACUGGAUUACUGUUUUGUCUCUUUAAAGUGCUCCCAGAAGGAAGUAGACACUACAGGAAAACAUUGCAGUAAAAUAUUAGGAUAUUCUGUAAUAGGGAAAUAAGCCUCUGUCACAAACAUCUCUUAUAACGUUCCCACCACUGAUAUAAAGUACAUCAUCAGUUUAACACAAAGCAAGCUUAGUUGUGUGUAUGGGUAGAUCCAGGAUUUCAGAAAGUUGUCAGAAAGGGGAUACAGGAGCAGUGGCAUGCACUGCAGGGUUAGUUUCACCCUAGCUCCCAGCAUCCCUCCUUGUUGCGGACAGGCUGAAUUGCAGAAGCAGCAACAGGGACUUUUCUAAAGUCCUUCAAGCAGGUAAGAAGGCUCCCCUUCCUUCCCCUCCAUGAUUAGCUGUAUGUUCUCUUGCCUUCCCUUGCAUUCCCUCCUUCCCCUACCCACUGAUGCCACUGGUGCUGUCCCCAGCUGAGACAGGGACAAGGGGCUUCAGUCGCUCCCGCCCCACUGCAGCCAGGCUAUGCAUGAAACCAGUGUUGGCUAGGGGCAGUAGCAGUAGCAGGCAGGUUCCCUUCCCCAACACUUGCUGGCUGGCAAGGAGCAACCAGGGGGACUGGGCAGGGAGGAGAAAAUCCAGCUGCUGCUCCUUCUGUCCCUGAGUGAGCCUGUCUCCUCCCAGGACCCAGCUGGAUUGUCCAGCACAGCUUUGAAGCUGCCCUCUGCCCCCUCCCUCACCUUUGCCUCUGGGGUAGCUGGAGACAACAGCAGCAGUGGGCAGGGAAGGAAAAGGGCAGGUGUAAUUCUUAAUUUCUUCUGGGACUUAAAAAAAAAUUCCCUGACUACUUCUCCUGUGAUGUGGUCAACUGAAAGUUGGGUGUAUCUGUGCUACUGUCCCCCCACCCCCAACCCUGGUUGCCUGGCAACAUAAAGUCAGCUGUAAAACAAGAUUUAGCCUUGUGGAUUCAGAUGUGAUUUUCCCGCACCCCAUCCAUAUAUAAGUAGCCUGAGUAGAUGAUUGAGAUGAUAUAGGCUAAAUUUCGAAUACUUCAGUAGUGCAGUUAUUCCCUUUUACAGUCCUGAAGAACCUACUCCUGACUUUUUCUU